AUGGUGGAUAAAUUAGAUACCGACGCUGAACAGCAUACGGUGUCCGAAUAUGGCGUUCUGCAAGGCGACCUCGUGUUUAUCCGCAACAACGAAAACCUCAUGCAAGCCAUCGACCAGAUCCAGCAAACACUAGCGAAGGUGAACCGUGAGUACGAGCAAUACGCCAACUUUACGUUGGAAGAAAAGAUUCGGUUCGAUUCGCUAUGUGCGUUCUGUGUGAAUGCACUAUUCUGGAUGCACGAGAAACUGCUAGGUCGCCCCAAUACGGUCAUGGAUGACAUUAAAUCGGAUCUCGACCGGGUGCGGGAAGCGAUGAAACGAUUAGAGACGGUACACGACAAUCUAACCAAACGUCCCCAACUAGACAAACCUGCUGCUAAAAGGUUCAUCCGGGCAGGGCUGUAUGAUGGGACCGAGAAGCUUACCGAUACACCUCCGGUCAAGAAGAAACGGGAGAAGUAA